ACUCCCUCCUCUCCCUUUAGCUUUGAAAGCAGCUGUAUUUGGCUCUAGGCUGCUGCCCUUUGCCUCAGUUUCCCCUUCUCAGCCUUCAGAGUUGAUAAGACCUCUGUGAUGCUUGCCAGCAGAUUAAGCUUGGGGAGAAAGGGGGGAAGUGUGAAGAAUGGGAAAGUGAAAGCUCACUGGCCUUGAGAUAAUGAAGUAGACAUAACAAAGGAGACUGGGGGCUUCAGAAAAAGGAGGUGCCCUUGGGGCUCAAGGGCUGAGUCAGUCUGCAUCCUAGUCUUUUUUGCUUCUGAUUCCUUCCAAUCAGUUCUUGGUCUGUCUCUUAAAUCUGUCCCUUCCUGGUCUCUCUGUCCUUUCUCUAUGGAGAGAAAGAUAGUUCUCAUCACAGGCUGUUCCUCUGGAAUUGGUCUGCAUCUGGCUCUGCGCCUGGCUGCUGAUCCUUCAGGCAGCUUCAAAGUGUACGCCACUCUCCGGGACCUCAGGUCUCAAGGUCCUUUGUGGGAGGGAGCAAGAGCUAGAGGAUGCCCUCCAGGCUCCUUGGAGACGCUACAGCUCGAUGUGACAGACUCCAGCUCUGUGGCAGCUGCCCGAGACCAUGUGACUGAGGGCCGCGUGGACAUCCUGGUAUGUAAUGCCGGUCGUGGCCUGCUGGGGCCACUGGAGGCCCACGCAGUAGAGGCUGUGGGCUCCGUGCUGGACGUGAAUGUGGUGGGGACUGUCCGAACGCUCCAAGCUUUCCUUCCCGACAUGAAACGACGCCGAGCCGGCCGGGUGCUUGUUACGGGGAGCGUUGGCGGGCUGAUGGGCUUGCCCUUUAAUGCAGUUUACUGUGCUAGCAAGUUUGCCCUGGAGGGUCUAUGCGAGAGUCUGGCUGUGCUACUGCUGCCCUUCGGAAUCCACAUCAGCCUCAUAGAGUGCGGCCCUGUACGCACCGCUUUCCAAGAAAAGCUAGAGGGGGGUCCUGGCGGAGUACUGGGAAGCGCCGACUUGGAGACCCGGGCUCUCUUCUCCCGCUACCAGCAGCACUGUGAGCGGCUCUUCCGGGAGGCGGCACAGGACCCUGAAGACGUGGUGGAGGUGUUCGUUCGAGCGCUCGGCGCCCCUUGCCCCGUCCUGCGCUAUUUCAGCACUGAGCGAUUUCUGCCAUUAGCCGGACUCCGACUUUCUGAUCCUGGAGGCUCUCAAUACGUAGAUGCCAUGUACCGCGCAGUUUUCUCCGAGCCGGAGGAGGAGGACAAUCGUGAAGACGAUGGAACUGAAGGCCUCUGAGUUAGAGUCGCCCGUUUUUGUUUUUGUUUUGUUGUUGUUUUUUUAAGCAGACACAUGCUUAGUAAAGUAACUAGGUCUACA